AUGGAAAAUUUCUUUUUAUUUAUUUUUUCAUUCAUUCAUUCUUUCUUAAAUUUAUUUUUUUUCUCUUUUAAAUAUUCCGAAAAAUUUUGUAUUUGUGUUAAUUUCAUUUUUUCUUUAAAUAAAUUUCUUCUAUUUCUCUUUUCUUUUCAUCUCAUUUUAAAUAUUCAAUUCUUUUUCUUUCUUAAACUAUUUUUUUCUCUUUCUAUUCUCAAUUUUCAUCAUUCGUCCAUCUUCCUUUUUCUAAGCAAUUUAGAAAUCUCCUUUUUCUUUCUUCUCUUUUUCUUUCUUCAUUGUCACUUUCUAUCUUUCUUUUUUUCUUUUUCUUCCUUUUCUUUCUUUCUUUCAUUCUUUCUUUCUUUUUCUUUUCUUUUCUUUCUUUCUUCUUCUUUUCUUUCUUUCGUUUCCUUUUCUUUCUUUCUUUCUUUAUUUUCUUUUUUCUUUUUUCUUUUUUCAAAUAAAUUUUUUUUCCUUUUUUUUCUUUUUCUUUCAUUCAUUCUUUUCUUUUUUUUUUUUUUUUCUUUUUUCUUUCUUUCUUUUCUUUCUUUCUUUCCUUUUUUUUCUUUCUUACUUUCAUUCUUUUCUUUCUUUCUUUUUUCUUUCAUUCAUUUUCUUUUCUUUUUGUUUCUUUUUUUCUUUUUUCUUUUUUCAUUCAUUCUUUUUUCUUUCUUUUGCUUUUCUUUUUCUUUUUUUCAUUUCUUUCUUUCAUUUCAUUCUUCUUUCUUUUCUUUCUUUUUUUUUCUCUUUCUUUCUUUCUUUUUUCUUUCAAUCAAGUUUCUUUUCCCUUUUCUUUCUUUCUUUCCAUUCAUUUUCUUUUUUUCUUUCUUUUCUAUCAUUUUUUCUUUAAUAAAUUCUUCUUUUCAUUCAAUUUUCUUUCCUUUCUUUUCUCUUUUUCUUUUUUCAUUCAUUCAUUCUUUCUUUCUUUCUCUUUCAUUCUUUCUUUUUCAUUCUUUCUUUCUUUUUUUCUUUUGUGCCUUUUCUUUCUUUCUUUCAUUCAUUCUUUCUUUCUUAAACUAUAUUUUUCUCUCUCUUUCUUACUCUCUCUUUUUAAAUAUCAUUCGUCCACAUUCCUCUCUCUCUAAGCAAUUAGAAAUCUCACUCUCCCCCUCUCUCUCUCUUUCUCUUUCUCAUUCAGUUAACAAUCUCUCUCUCUCUCUAUCUAUCUAUCUAUCUAUCUAUUCAUCUAUCUCUCCCACUCUCACUUUAAAUAUCUUUCUUUUGUGCUCUUUCUUUCUCGAUCUUAAACUAUAUUUUUUCUCUCUCUUUUUUUCUUAUUCGCUCUUUUUAAAUAUCAUUCGUCCACACUCCUCUCUCUGUAAGCAAUUAGCAAUCUUUCUUCCCUCUCUCUCUCCCUCUCUCUCUCCCUCUCUCUCUUUCUCUUUCUCUCACUCUCUAACUUUAAAUAUCUUUCUUCUGCACUCUCUCUACUAG